CCUCAGCGCCGCGCUGAGUGACGGGCGCGACGCCCAAUAAGAGACGAGGGUGGCGAGGCGCGGGCCAAUAGAGACGCGCGGGGCGGGCAGCGGAGGCAGUGGGUGGGUUGAGGCGCGGCGAGCGGCGGGGGAGGGGCGGCUCCUCACGGCUGGUGGCGGCGGCGAAGAUGGCAGAUUUUUUGAAAGGAUUACCAGUCUAUAACAAAAGCAACUUCAGCAGAUUCCAUGCGGAUUCUGUAUGUAAAGCAUCAAAUAGAAGACCAUCGGUAUAUCUUCCCACGAGAGAAUAUCCAUCUGAACAAAUCAUAGUAACAGAAAAGACAAAUAUACUUUUGCGUUAUUUACAUCAGCAGUGGGACAAAAAGAAUGCAGCAAAGAAGAGAGAUCAAGAGCAAGUGGAAAUAGAAGGUGAGAAUUCGGCGCCGCCACGGAAAAUCGCUCGGACAGACAGCCAGGAUAUGAAUGAGGACACUUAAACUCUUGGCUUUCUCCUCUACUACUUUGCAGGCGCUUCCUGUUUUGUCUCAAAGUGUGUAAAGUUUGCCCCUUGCCCCCAUCUCUCACCCCUCCACUACGCAGCCCAAACCACUUCUGACUUUAUAGGAGCCAACGUAUUUAUUUCUUUUUUUCUCUCCAUUUUUUAUUUAUGCCGUAAAACUUACGGAGCAGUGGUGGAACAAUUCAGUAAAUGGUGUAGUAUAACCUUAGUUCCUCCUUUCUAAAUAUACACUGUCACUUUCACAGGUUUUGUUGAAUCUGUUACCUAAUCAACCAGGUCUAGCUAUGAGAGCCUGGGUAGGAGAAGUGGGUUAUUACAGAACCCUUCAGUGAUAUAGGCUCUCUGAUUCAUGUACCUGUUGACAUAUUACAAGUCGUUAACUCUUCUUUGGAUGUGCCCAGUCCAGCCAUAAGUGUGGGGCCUCACUAUUUUUCUCAAAUAUCUUGAAACUGGCACUGCACUAAAAAAAUCAUGGGUGUCAUUUAGGGUUAUGUUGAUCUUGGCAAACGUGUUGUCAACUUGAUAUAUCAGUUGUAUUCUUUUGGUCUGUUCUGUAAGGGCCACGGUCAUUUGGCAGCGUACAUUAUCUCAUGCACCAGUGGUCAUGGAGAAUUCAAGUGAAAGGUGUGUUGCUUUUGUUGCUCUUAAAUUCUAACCGUCUCUUGGUCUUGAACGGACUGAUAUGUGCAACUUCUCCAUUGGAAUAAAAGGAUACUCUUAUCCUAUUCUGAGUAUUUGAUCAACAGUGUAUUUAAGCAGCAGCUGAUGGAAUGGAGUUGGGUAGGCAUCCUGCAGGCAGCGCUUGGCUGGAUUAAGUCUGGGAGCACCUCGGCAACUAGAUCUAGUUCUCUGUCUCAAUUGCCAGCUCUGAAUAAUGGUACGUUGUAUUUUCCUGCAAUAUCAGCAUGUCUGGAAUGGAGUUCAGGACUUGGAGUUGAUCAAAAUGUGAGCUUCCAUGGUCUCUGAUGAAGACCAAUCUCUUUUGGACUGUGACAGUUCAGUGCCUGUUGCCUGUUACCCUUCACUGACUUCAACAAGAGCCAAAAUGGAGACCUGUAAGUCGUCUAGGUGGAUUCAGAGGUUCAGAGACUAAAAAGGAAAUGAGCAUUGUCACCUGAAGGGGACAGGAAAGGUGUAGCUUAGUAAUGAUGUCUUGUCUGCUUUAACGUAAGAAGCUGACUUCACACUGUGUUAGUUUAAAUUGUUGCAUUUAUAGCUGUGUUUUUUUCCUCGUUGACAAAUCCUAAACACCAAUUCAAGAAAUCGCACGAACGUUUUUCUAGAGAUCCUGGAUAAGGCUUGUUCCGAGUGGCCGCAGUGGCUGCGAGCUUUGAGGGUUUCUGCUGUCCCCUUCUCCACAGCAUCCCCGUCCAACCAGGGGAUGCCACAUGUGCAGGUUUGGGGGCAAAGGGAACCCGAAGGUUGAUAAACUGUUGCUGACGACAGUAUGUUGCAAGGCAGAACCUUAGGAAGAGCAGGGCACAGCUCACAUUGCAAUUUUAAAUGUAUAUUAGGCACCAAGUUUCUUAUGCAGUGAGUGAAUUUAACACUGAGUAGUUUAGAACUUUGUAUCUGCCUCAAAAAAUGUUACCUUUUUGCUAUGGCAGUAACCUCCAAAUUUCUGGAAUGUCUUUGAAAAUGCCAACUGUGUUGGUGAAGAUAAAAUAUACUCGGGUUUCUGUGUGAUUUACUGGCGAUUGCAAGAGGACUCCUCCCCGAGUUACGCUGUCAAAAAGUGCUUUUGUGCAAAGUGCAAGAUGGUGACUGAAGAUGCCGUGUUAGCAUCCAGCUUCGCAGGGAUUAUCUGAAGCUGAAACUGAAGAAUCCUUUGAAGAGCUGUGAGAUACCAAAAGAGGAAACGGAAGUGCAGCUGGUGGUAAAGUGUGACCAAUUUGUGUGUUUAGCAAAGCUUGAGAGCUGCAGCCUUGCAGUAAUGUUUGUACAGUGCUUUAAAGUUGUAAAAAGCUGUAUAAUUCUUCAGUGAUAUGGCAAGGUUUGAGCUUUGCUGACUUCUCUGCUAGACAGAGUGAUGUACUAUUAAAGAGAGUUGGCAGUUCCUUCCUGUUGUAAACCCCCGUCUUUGUUCCCUCUGUGUCUUUUAAAAAUGAUCUUGUUGGUUAUGGGAGCCUUUGAAAUAUUUCAGAUAUUUUUAGGAGGUAAAAGACAGUUGCCUUUCAAAGUAGUUCUGAAGUGAUGGAGAAACAAGUCUUCAAAGCGAUGUAACUUUUAAGUGUCAAACUGGUUGGGUUUUGGUUUUUUUUUUGCAUUGGUGGCUGUGUACAAGCAGUAUGGAUUUCUGAUACCCACAGUGAGUCUUUUCUACACCCCAUCCAAUCUGAAGCGAGAGCUCCCUUUCUUCUUCCUUCUCCAACUCACUUUCCAUGCUGCUGCUGCCUCAAGAGUGCUGUCCUCGAGCUGUUGCACUUUGAUCCUGUAUUCACGUCUGUUUAAUACAUGGUAAGUGUAUUGGGUUUGAAUGUUGCAUGGAAGAUCUUAUUUGCCUAACUGUGACUUCCUGGUGCCUUAGUGCAUUGAAAACAACAAAAAAUGUUUAAAAAAACAAACCCUGGGUUUUUGCUGACUGCACUGUUUGUAUAAUACCUAGCUCCUCUGACUUCCUUCCAACUCUCUUGUUACAAAGUGACUGAGAUUUAGUGACCCUCAGGGGGUUUUUCUAUAUGUCUGCAUAGUGGUAUUUUUAUUGUUUCUGUUACCAGUGUAUACUAAAGGUUUGGAUUUUUUAAUGAAAACUUAAAGAUACUUGUCGGAGAUCAGAAUUUUGUUUUUUUUAGUUGAAUAGUGCAUCUUUUCUCAAAAUUCGAAGCAGCAGAAACAUGUUUCUUGAUAUCAAGGGACAAUGAGUCCGUCUAGGAGCAGCCCCUUCCAGCAGACUGUCCUGUUCGCAGGCGUCUGUCCUGUUUUAAACAGUGCUGGAGCUUGUGCCCAAUGUGAGCAAUUAGAUGUGUGCUGGGUACAUUUAGAAUAUUAAAAAGUUGGGCACUGCCUUUUUCUAACAUAAAAAUACACUAGUGACUGAUGUGCAGGGAAACUAAAGUUUUGUUUAGGUUAAUUCUUGAUAUUGUAUGAUCACUUUUUUUAGGGGAGAAAUAGUUUUGAAAAACUACUCACAUUAAGAGUUAAGAGGUGGAAAAAUGUUGAGAGAAAGAAUGGACUUUAACAUGUUCUAUGAAUUCACAGCUGAGGGGACAGGUAACUGUCUGAGCAGCAAAGUCUGUGUUUGUUUGCAUCGAUGGUUGACUCCUGGAGUGUGCUGGGUCAGUUUAUUAUGUCAGAGUACGUUCAGUCAGGUAACGUUGGCAUGUUCAGCUUUCAAGGUGUUUCCUGUUUCUUUCUGUGGAAGUUUUUCGAGACCCUAACGAACGAUGCCCUGAGCGACCUGCUCUGCGUUUGGUAUCGCCCGUGCUUUGAGCUGGAGGCAACCUCCUGGGGUCCCUUCCAACUGAUAAACACUGGGAAGUGCAAAAUGCAGCAGAACCUGUGGCUAGAAGGUUUGUUUUUGUACAAAGCUGGCAAGCUGUGGAAGACUGUUAGCAAGGCUUAUGGAGUCUGCAAGCAUGUGCAAAAGUUUUUGACAAGCCCUGAAACCACAUUGUGCUAUCAAGAACAGCGAGUGGCAGGAUGGGGAUUGAGACCAGGAGGGGAGGAAGGGAGCCGUUCAGCUCCCCAUCUGUCUGACGCUGCAGCUCAGCCUGGACCGAGGCUGUUGUGGGUCUAAACUCUACCACAGGAGUAUUGAAGGUGGGCAGAAGUUUUUAGAUGUAUUUCACUAACAGGAUGCAUUUAGAUGCAUUUCACUGUAAGAGGACAGGCUUUUAGAAUAAUUUAGAUGUGUUAAAUCUGAUUUAAAAAAAAAAAAA